AUGCGCCCAGACGUAAGGAAGUACGUAGGUAGUUGCCACCUGUGCCUAUGCACGAAGGCCGUACGCACUACUCGACCAGACUGCCUUCGUCCACGCGCAGCGAAAGCACCCUGGAAAAAUAUAGCCCUGGACCUAAUGGGUCCUUAUCUGAAAUCAACGGCCGAAAAGAGUUUCAUUCUCGUUGUAACGGAUUUAUUUUCUCGAUGGAUAGAGGCAUUUCCCAUUGGUUCUUCGAGAGUAUACGUUCUCGUAAAUUUGCUAGAACGAGAAGUCUUCCCUAGAUGGGGCUACCCACGACAAAUAUUAAGUGAUAAUGGUAAACAGUUUACCGGUCACACUCAUAGAAUCUCACCGUGCAACAGAACUGUCGAGGCUGGCAACUAA